AUGUCACUCUACUACGAAGCCGCGGCGGUCCUCGCAAACACAGAGAAUACCGGUGGAUCUCUGAAGUCGCGGAUAUACAACAAAAAAGACUUGAAGAGCACACCAGGCCAAUUGUUUGCCCUCAUCGCGGAAACGUCAAAAUGGUCCAUCGUGCUCAAAGAUGUGAUUGAAAAGACGAGAUUGCUUGCAGAGGAGAGGAAGCUUACCCCAAUACUUGCUCUUCUUCUUACACACGACCUGCUGCUUGCGAAGAACGGCGUUGCUGCAGCCACCAACCAUGUCCUUAAACUCGCAAUAACUCGACACAAAGCCCGCCUAAGCGCCGAACUCACCAAAGCCCGCAUACGAUACGGAUACGCGACUAUAGAGGCUUUCAGAGAGGCUGUGAACGACGGCGAGCUUGACAAGGACGACAGCGAUGCGCCCAAGAGUCGGCACCCACGGUGGGUACGCGUCAACACUGUAAAGACGACGUUACAGCAACAGCUUUCAACAACAUUUGCCGGGUUUGUGAAGACGAACGAUCUGAACGAAGUGCUGUCUGCGCCUAAGAAGUCGAAAAUAUACUACGAAGACCCGAACAUACCAAACCUACUUGCCCUACCGUCCAAGAUCGACCUGAGCAGGUCGAUCGCGUAUACCAAGGGUCAGAUCAUAUUCCAGGAUAAAGCUUCAUGCUUUCCUGCCUAUCUGUUAGAUCCGCAGCCGGAUGAUGGCGAUGUUAUCGACGCGACAGCAGCACCAGGAAAUAAGACAACGCACCUAGCGGCUAUCGUAUCUGACAGGAGACAACCCGGUAACGAACAAAAGGUCAUCGCAUUCGAACGCGACAAGGGCAGGUCCUUCACUUUGCAGAAGAUGGUCAAGCUCGCGUCAGCGGACAGCAUUGUUCAGGUCAAAGGCAGUAGUGAUUUCAUCGCUGCGAAGCCUGGGUCUGACGAGUACGCCGACGUAGGUGCUAUAUUGCUCGAUCCAAGCUGUUCUGGUACCGGUAUAGUUGGGCGAGACGACGCUAUCAAAAUGCACCUACCAGAAGCGCCAAACAGCCGACCAGUGGCGCCAAAGCCCGAGAAGAAAGAUAAGAAGCGCAAACGAGAUGAUGAAACAAGCAAGGCUGAGGCUUCAGCAACCCUUGACUUGGACAUGGAUGACUCAACCCCUGAAGAGACAGACACAUCAAUGCAGGGCAAGCUCUCUGAGCGGCUGGCAGCUCUAUCAUCUUUCCAGCUCCACAUCCUUACCCAUGCUAUGCGAUUUGCGAGCGCACAUAAAAUCACCUACUCGACCUGUUCAAUUCAUUUCGAAGAAAACGAGGGUGUUGUCUUCCAGGCAUUAGCAUCUUCUAUUGCAAAAGAACGGGGGUGGUCAAUUCUGAAGCGCGAUGCUCAGGUCGAGGGAAUGAAGAAGUGGCAUAGACGAGGUGUUUGGGAGGACGAGAAGCUAGAAGUUGACGUAGAUGAAUCCUCGAAGAGUGAUGUGCUAGAAGCUUGUAUUCGAUGCGACAAGGGCACGGAAGAAGGUACGAUGGGUUUCUUCGUUGCUGCCUUCGUUCGAGAUGGUAGCGAGGACUCGACACGAAUUACUGAUGCUGUGAUUGCCGAAGAUGAGGAAUGGAAUGGGUUUAGUGGUGAUGAAAAGGUUGAAGAGAAAGUAGAGCCUGUAGAGACAGUGAAAGUGCAAGGGUCGGAAAAGAGGAAGAAGAAAAAGCGCAAACACUGA